CAAAACAAAAACAUGUUUUUAUAGUUAAUCGUGGGAGAGAGAGAGAGCCACCAAUUCUGUUGCUUUCGACAGUCCAAAAAAAUCCACCACCCACGUUAAUACCUCUCUACUGUCUCUGUCUCUCUCCCUCUUAGUCUCUAAAACUAAAAAAGCAAACAGAGACUUCCCAAAAAGGUCUUCACAGUUCACAGCAAGAGCAAGAGCAAGAACAAUCAUAUGAUGAUGAUGUUAGAGGGAACACAGAACGUCGUCGUAUCAUAAAUUUGUUUUUGUGGAUGCUUUUGGAGUUUGAUGGGAUAUGAAGAAGUCCGAUUGUGUAUCUUUUCUAGCAGAUCCAAACAGUCGUAGAUCAUGUCUUUGUAGCAUUUUCCCCACUGCUUCUUUGCUUUGUCUAGUGUACUUCAUAGGGAGUGCAUUCAUAGCACCGAAUUACAAAGAGAAAUUAUCAAUAUGGGGACUAGGUGGUAGUUUGCAGAAUUCAGCAGUCAGCAACUGUGGGAUUAAAUGCCGGCCUUACGGAAGUGAGGCAUUACCUGAAGGUAUUGUUUCCAAGAGUUCUAACUUGGAAAUGCGACCAUUAUGGGGCUCUCGAAAGGCUACUUAUAAUGUAGGUUUUCAACAGACUAAUGUGAAUAACACGAAUAAUUUAUUUGCUAUGGCUGUUGGGAUAAAGCAAAAAGUUCUUGUGAAUAAAAUGGUGAAAAAGUUUCUAUCAAGCAAUUUUGUUGUGAUGCUUUUCCACUAUGAUGGUAUUGUUGAUGAAUGGAAGGAUUUUGAGUGGAGUGAUCAUGUCAUACACAUUUCUGCAGUCAAUCAAACUAAAUGGUGGUUUGCUAAGCGUUUCUUACAUCCUGAUAUAGUGGCUGAAUAUAGUUACAUUUUCCUUUGGGAUGAGGACCUUGGGGUCGAGGACUUCCAUCCUGAACAGUAUGUGUCUAUUAUUAUAAGUGAGGGGCUUGAGAUAUCACAGCCGGCACUUGAUCGUAACAAAUCAGAGGUGCAUCAUCAAAUUACUGCUCGUGGGAGGAGAACAAAAGUGCACAGAAGGACGUACAAGCCUGGUGGAGGGAGGAAAGGUUGUGAUGGCAGCAGUACAGCCCCUCCAUGCACUGGGUGGAUAGAAAUGAUGGCACCUGUUUUUUCAAGAGCUGCCUGGCGGUGUGUAUGGUAUAUGAUCCAGAAUGACUUGAUCCAUGCUUGGGGUCUAGACAUGCAGCUCGGAUAUUGUGCCCAGGGUGAUCGAACCAAAAACGUUGGUGUUGUGGAUGCUGAGUACAUAGUCCAUUAUGGUCGUCCUACACUUGGUGGAAAUGAAGAAAAUGAGGGACUCGCGACUGGAUCUCGCGAGUGGCUCACGGUAGGCAAGUCUUCAAAAGAGGCACACGUGUGAAGGAUACAGAGGAGCUGAAGAGUCACGCCAGUUGUUGCACUACAGGACAACAGUCCCGGGCUGGGCAGGCAGUUAGCUCGCGACUUGAACUCGCGACUCAGUCCAUUCGCAAGGCCAAGUCACCAGACCACUUUGUUUGGGAAAAACUGACCUUUCGCAUUCCAAACACACACCAGUAUAUAUACCCUCUAUACCCACGUAUUGUAAAGAGUUUCUAGAGAGAAUUUUGAGAGAAAAACCCUAGAGAAAAAAAAGAUUGACUCAUCCACAAUCUUCAUCCUUUGAUUCUUCAAAUUCUUCUACUCUCACCCUUUUCAUUGUUACAUUCUUGAGAGGUACAUUAGUCAAAAUUUUUUCUCACCAUACCCAUAUCUGUGAGGAGGCUAUUUAGUGCUUGGGAAGCAGUUAGGAAGAGACCAAUUGAUAUUAGUUGAUGCGAUGGGCUAUAAUGGAAUCCGGUAAGUUAGAAAAGACAAAGGUUCGGCAUAACCUCGUUGGAGUAAGAAACUUGGAGGGCUUAGAUACACUGGGUAGAUUAGGCUUAGAGGGUUUCUUGCUAUUCAUGUAUUCCAACUUCAUUCUCAAGUGGAUUAUUGACCGUUUGGAGGACGACGGAGAGGAUUUACGCCGAGGGCUUCGGUUUCCUUUUCGAUAACACAUCACUGUGUUGUCUUUGUGUUUGCAUCUCUCUUCC